AUGCCGUCGAUCCCCACUUUCAAGCUCAACACGGGCCACUCGAUCCCCGCCAUCGGCAUGGGCUGCUGGAUGGGCCAGCCGGGCGCCGGCCUGGACCAGGAGAUCCUCAGCAGCCUCGCAGAGGCCCUUCGCGCCGGCUACCGCCACAUUGACACCGCCAACAUGUACCAGAACGAGCGCGAGGUCGGCCAGGUCAUCCGCGAGUCGGGCAUCCCGCGCGAGGAAAUCUUCCUCACCACCAAGCUCAACCCCAAGAUGUACCACGACGUCGUUGGUGGCUUCGAGGGCAGCCUCCGCGACCUCGGCCUCGACUACGUCGACCUCUACCUUCUGCACUGGCCCCAGGGUAUCCGCGCCUCGGACGAGCGCCCCUACGGCGACAAGGAGGGCGACAUCGGCCCCACGUUUAACCAGAUCUGGGCCGAGAUGGAGAAGCUCCUCGAGACGCACAAGGGCAAGGUGCGCGCCAUCGGCGUGAGCAACUACAUGCCGCGCAACCUCAACAAGCUCCUCAAGACGGCCAAGGUGGUGCCCGCCGUCAACCAGAUUGAGAACCACCCGUACCUGCCCGAGGAGGAGCUCGUCGAGCUGUGCCGGGAGCACGGCAUCCACGUCACCGCCUACUCGCCCCUCGGCCAGGGCAACUCGCCCUUUUUCAGCGACGCCGACAUCAAGGCCAUCGCCGAGGCGCACAAGACGACGGUCGCCUCGGUCGUCCUCAGCUGGCUCGUCAAGCGCGGCAUCUCGGCCGUGCCCAAGUCGGCCAACAAGGACCGCAUGCGCCAGAACCUCUCGCUCGUCGAGCUCUCGGACGCCGAGGUGGAGCGCAUCCUCGACAUCAGCCGAAACGACCCGCAGCGACACACGCACCUGCUGCCGGGCAUCGUCAAGGACGGCAAGAUUGGCGGCUGGACGCUCGACCAGCUCGGCUGGGACGUCGGCUUCAACCUGCCGGAGCUCAAGCUGCAGCCGUCGUCCAAGGACCCGGCGGCGUCGUCGGGCAAGGGCGUGCCGCAGGCCAUCAAGGACUUCCUCGACCGCUUCUACCGCGUCUCGGACACGCCCGACGUCCACGGCGAGUACGCCGAGCACUUUGUCGACGACGCCAGCCGCCUCCACUUCCAGAUCGGGCCCAUGGACGCCACCACCUCGCGCGAGGGCAUCGUGGCGUGGCGCGAAAACGGCUGGAAGGGCGUCACGCGCCGCAAGCACGUCGUCAACGGCGUCUUUAUCAGCCCCGAGCAGCAGAGCGUCAUUAUGCUCGACGGCACCGUCGAAAUGGACAAAGAAGGCAAGACGGUCAAGUUCAACUGGGCCGGCCGCAUGGCGUUUGACGAUGAGAGCGUCGAGAGGGGCCAGCCGCUCAUUGAGACGUACAAGGUCUGGCUCAGCCCGGCGUGA